GUCUUUGUUUCAUUUCUGUUUUUUUAAAUGAAUAGCUACUAUGUUAAUUAAGCUUUGCUUCAUUAACAAAUUAGGUAGAGAAUUGCUCAUGUACUGGUAAUAAUUUUAAUUCCAGUAUUCUAGUCGCUGGCUGCUUGUGGGGGGGCAGAAAAUGGAAUCCAUAGAAAAAUGGAACAAAGAUUUCAUUGCACUUAAACUGUUGGACAAAAAGUUACAUUCAAAGAAAAAUGGCACGACAGGCGUGAUUUCGAAGCAUCUUCAUCAAACAUUUAAGAUCCACAAUUAUUUACAGUUGACCAUUACCCGCUCAGAAUGUGGCACAGGUUCCUGUCCAAACCUAAUUAUGAGUAGAAACGAGCAGCCCGAACAGAAGCCGGUGAUCAUGGCCUUAACUCCCCAGCUCCCUGUGCGAACCCACCGCCCUCUCUGCCUGUCCGUCUCUUCUGACAGCAAUGGAAGGUUUAGAGCUCUCGAAUCACAAGACUGGAAGAACAACCUCAAAGCUCAGAUGGAGCAAGCACACAGUGCUGGGGCGGCUAGCAGCACCGGGUCUCUAGAAAGAGCAUCUCUUUUCUGUGCCUCUGGAUCAAACACAUCGAGCUCCAGUUUAUCCAGUCCCGUUGAGCCUCUAACCAAGAGCAAGUCCUCCAGCCGCUUCUCCUUGUUCUCACCUCCCUGGAACAGCAGCUCUGAAUCUGACUCCAACCCCCCGUCCCGGUCGGGCUCCAAGAAACUCCGCAAUUACAACAAGAGAGGGGGGAACAAAGCAGAGGACGCCCUGGACUCGAAGCAGAGCAUCCCGGAGCAUUUCCAAUUCUCAGAGCCGGUCAUCGCGAAAGUGACAGACUACAUCUACGUGGGGAAUCUCAACGCUGCCUACAGCGGGCGGAUCCUCUGCAGGAACAGCAUCGACAGUGUUAUCGACAUGAGCAGCUUCGCCAGCGAACACAAGGUGGGCCUCAUCCCCUGUACCUGCUCCCGGGGCACCAAGCACAGCUGGUCCCGCCUCAAGGUUGACAUCAGAUGCCUUUCUGACGAGGAGAGCGUGGCCCUGAAGCAGCGCAGCUUCGAGGACAUCAAUGAGUGUAUCGAUGCUUCCACAGAGAAGCGAAAGCGUGUUUUGAUCCACUGCAGGGAUGGGUAUUCGUUGGCUCCCACUUGCAUUAUCCAGUAUUUGAUGGUAAAGCAGAACAUGAGGCUGAUUGCUGCCUAUGAGUUUGUAAGAGCCAAGUACCCAGUUAACAUUCAGGAGUGUCAUCAGAAUCUGCUGGUGAAUUUGGAGAAAUCGCUGAGACCUGGUGGGAACGUGGAUCCAGAGUGCUUCAAACAGGCCAUAUCCCGCAAGAUGGCGUGGACCUAACCUUACUUUGUUCUGUGGUUAUAGGGACUAAGAAAUUGAGUUCUCAUUUCAGCAAAAGGAACUGCAGGGUAAUUAAGCUAUAAAUGGCUAUAAACUGGCCAAAGCAAUUGAUGGGCUCCUGUCUUGCAGGACCCCUUUUGUAGUUUUUAUGGAACCUGGUUUUUAUUGUAAUUUGGACUGGAGACACUAAUAAUGGACACAGAGUACAGGGACAGUUUUACUUUUGGAACUGUCCAAUUUUUACUGUAUUAUCAGAUAUAUGACUGGGGGGAGGAGCAGACUGCUGAAUUUAUUAGCUCUAGGGCGGAAUAAUAGCCCAUCAGCAUGAUUUAGUUAGAUUAUUAUUAUUAUUAUUAUUAUUAUUAUUAUUAUUAUUAUUAUUUAUUUUUUUUAUCUAGGGGAAUUCUGCUGUUUUUAAAGCUCAGGUAACAAGGAUGAAUCCACUGCCUGUCGCUUUAGGGAGAUAGAGGCAAACAAUCACACAGCCAGGGCAGCAGUGCUUGAGCAAAGCUUAAAAUAGUAAGGAAAUACUUUUAAGGAAUACACCAAAAUGCAUUUGGUGCAAAGGCAUUGACAGUUCACACCAGAUUAGGAGCUACUGUGAAACAAGUGGCAACUUGUACAUAGGCAGACAUUUUUAUUGCACGUGCGCCAAGGAGUCCUCCAAAUGAAAGGUGUAUUUAUGUACACCCUCAAUGAGGGUUCAAUUGGUGGACACUGCAAAAUUGUUUUUAUACACAGUUAACAAUAUCCUCUGCACUUUUAUUGGCUAGACACACUACAUGAUUCCACCCUGGUCCAGAUUUUGUAUCUGUUCUGAGUAUCCUUUGUUCCUUGCACUUGAUUGUCCUGACCCACUGAAGUAAUGUUCGGAGCCUCAAAAUACAUCGGAGGUCAUGAAUAUUGCAUUGAACUAAUACCAGCAUUACUUUCUAAGAUGCAUUUACGAAAUAGUGAAAGUAACUAUUUCCAUACAAUUUUUUCCUGAUGACAGAGCCCAAGUGCUUGGAGAUAUUGGCUUGAAACUUGUUACACAGCAGAAUUUGGUGGUUCUCUCUCUGUCAGUUUGAAAUACGGGUAUCAUGCAGUACAUUUAAAUGAUCAGUAUGUCCUGCUUCUAGUCACACCCCUUUGGAGUGCCUGAUCGGUGGUCUGCUGUGUAUCUUGAGCUGAAGAACAUCAUUCUUUUACAUGGAAGAAACCUAUGAAGAGGACGUCCAAUGCAGAAAUAGACCCGUUUUUUUUUUUUUUAUAGUGCCUUUUUUGUAUCUGUUUUGUGCGUUUGUGUCGAUACACACGCUGCUGGUAAUAUUUUGUGGAAUAUCCUGGGUCUCUUCCCAUUGUGACUUGUGAAAACUGAGUAUACUUUUAACCGGUUAAUAAAUAAAAAAUAAAGUCUUGGUGUUGUAACUGCUGUAUAAUACAAUGGCCUGUGCUGUGGCAGUAUUUCGUUUUUAAUGCAAAAUGUGGUGACCAAUGAAUGAUAUUGCUCUAAUACCAUCAAAAUAAAAAUAUGUAAUUAUAUAUCUAUAUCUCCUGUACUUAUUGCUGCAAUAGCGGUUUGCACCUUUUGGAUAGGGGACGGGGGCAUAGUUGGUAUUUUAUGACAAUGUACAGAAUAUUUUUUGUUGGACAGUUUCAGUCAUCCUAUGCUAGUUAUACGUACCUUUGCACUUUUUUUUUUUGUACGUCUGUUUUUGGUAUUCAAAUUUGGAGACUGAAAUGAAGUUUACAGAUUCUAUUAUGCAUUUUCUUGUAGUUCAUGCCAUGUGUAUUGUACAUAAUGUGAUUAAAUGUACAGUGUUGAAACAGUGCCAA